AUGGCGAGUGUCCAGGCGGCGGGUGCUGCCUCGCACCCAUACACCUGCAAUACUUGUCAAGUUGCAUACCGCAACAUUGACCUGCAAAAGGGUCACAUGAAGAGUGACUGGCAUCGAUACAAUCUCAAGCGUCGAGUCGCCUCUUUACCCCCCAUUUCCGCCGAUGUCUUCACCGAAAAGGUUCUGCAAGCCAGGGCCGUGUCAACCGCAGAAGCUGAUAAGGCUUAUUUUGAACGUGCAUGCGAUAUCUGUGAGAAAACGUAUUACAGCGAGAACGCCUUCCAAAACCAUCUUACAAGCCAGAAGCACAAGGCGAAGCAGGCCAGCAGUGGGCAGCCUACCUCUGGCCGCGCUGAUGAUGAGACCACGUCCGUCGUUAGCUCGACCUUCUCCCUUGGAGAACCUAUCGCACCCAGUCAAGGAGAAGUGGACUCAGACGCCGAAGAAGAGUUCAGCCAUGUUGUCGAAGGUCUUCAGAAGGCAAGCAUCACAGAACAAAGACCAUCACCUGUCAAAAGACCUUCGCAUCCUCAACCAGCAGUCGAAGAUGCGGCAGAAGAGGAUGCCGCAGCAACUCGUGAAUCCGACUCAGCCACCCCUGUCCCCGCCGCACAAGAACCCAACUGGACACUUGAGUCUUGUUUGUUCUGCAAUUAUUCGUCUCCCACUGUUCCUCUGAACACACAUCAUAUGGAAAGAUUCCAUGGCAUGUUUAUCCCGGAAAAGAAGUACUUGGUGGAUAUUGAUGGCUUGCUCCAACAGCUACAGGACAAGAUCCGACAACACCAUCAGUGCUUGUACUGUGAUAAGAUAAAAUCCAGCAUGUUCGGAAUCCAAACACACAUGCGUGACACAGGCCAUUGCAAGAUCCCCUAUGAGACUGAGAGGGAGCAGCUUCGAAUUGGAGACUUCUACGACUUCCGAAGUACCUAUUCUGAUGACGAUGAAAUGAGCGACGAUGGUUCCGUCGCCAAUGAGGAGAAUGGCGGUGCUAAGCUCGGAGCACGCCGCUCUGCUAAGCUUACCAGAAUGGACGGAGCAGACAUGGAAGGCGAAGGCGCUGACGGCUGGGAGACAGACAGCUCAGCCUCGUCACUGGACUCUGAGGAUCUGACUGCUGUCCCUGCGGAGGGUCACAUUCACCAAUUCGAGCGACUUGACAAGCACCCGCAUCACUCGAGUCAGGACCCAAGACAAAGACAUCAAGCCGAUGGCUGGCACUCUCAUGCCCACAAGCCUACCCGCGCCGUCUUCUAUGAUGAUUACGAGCUACAUCUGCCUACAGGCAAGUCUGUUGGCCAUCGUUCAUUGAACAAGUACUUCCGCCAGAACCUGCACAACCAUCCUUCCGCAGAGGAGCGGGCAGAACGUCUUGCUAUCGAGGAAGCCAACGGAGACCAGGAAGAAUCAACAUCGGAUGGUCAGCUGGUGCAGACAGGCCCUCGGUCUCGGGAGAUGGUACCGCGAGGAAUGGCAGGCAUGGCUGGUGCGCCAGAGCAACAAAAGAGGCGAGCUCGCAGAGCAGAGGAGAGAGGACGAACCUUGGAACAGGUUCAUUCCAAGCAGAAGGAUCUGGCAUAUGGAAAGAAGUUCAACAAUCACAAGAACUACUACUACCGCGAGCAGGGUGGUGGUUAG